UACCUGGACUACAACCAGAGCCUCCAGAGCUGGGUUCCGACCCUCGCCCUCCAUCCUGAACACUAGCAGACGCGCGCCCGGCAGCCCCCGAGCGCGUAAGGCGGGCCCUGCGGGGGCGGCGGCCAAUGAGCGGCGCCGGGCCGAGGACGGUGGGGGCCGCCAGGAAGGGGGUCUGCGCGAGCGCGCGCGCCCGGGCCGGCUCCGCGGGGCGCGAGGUCGGUGAGCGCACGCCGCUGGGAGCGCAGAAGCAGGAGCAGGUGUUGGGGGGCGCGCUCCGGGAGCGCGCGGCUCCAAGCCUUCCCUCCCUCCGCUCCCCUUCCCCCGCCCGGACCCCCUCCUCUCGGGUACCUCAUUUGCAUGUCGCCAGGGCUCGAGAGUGUGCGCGCGCGGGGGGCUACGGGGCCGACGCAUGGGAAGGGGCGGGGGAGAAGGGGCCCUGCCCCGCGGUGGCGCGCACGACAGACAGCCCCGCCCCUCAGAGCGGCUGCUGGAGGCCCCGCCCACCACCCCACCCCGUUGGACCCGCGCCCUCUGGGAACAAAGGGACGUGCUGGGUCCUAAGGACCGCGAACAUCAGCGCCUGCGCGCACGGCGCACUAGCUGACCCCCGAGCGGGAAGUAACCCACCGACACAACCCAACCAGAGAGCCCCCCACCCACAACUGCCCUCACGCCACGCCACCAUGGAUGACGCCCAACUGGCAGCGCCCCCUGUCCCUGCCCCGGCCCCAGCACCGCCCGCCGCCGCCCCCCGAGUCCCGUUUCACUGCAGUGAGUGUGGCAAGAGCUUCCGCUACCGCUCGGAUCUGCGGCGCCACUUCGCGCGUCACACUGCUCUCAAGCCCCACGCGUGCCCACGCUGUGGCAAGGGCUUCAAGCACAGCUUCAACCUGGCCAACCACCUGCGCUCGCACACGGGUGAGCGGCCCUACCGCUGCUCCGCCUGCCCCAAGGGGUUCCGAGACUCCACUGGCCUAUUGCACCACCAGGUCGUCCACACUGGUGAGAAGCCCUACUGCUGCCUAGUCUGCGAGCUCCGCUUUUCCUCGCGUUCCAGUCUGGGUCGCCACCUCAAGCGCCAGCACCGAGGCGUGCUCCCGUCCCCGCUGCAGCCGGGCCCUGGGCUGCCAGCCCUGAGUGCGCCCUGCUCUGUCUGCUGCAACGUGGGGCCCUGCUCCGUGUGUGGGGGCGCGGGUGCUGGCAGUGGAGAAGGUCCAGAGGGGGCGGGCCCGGGCAGCUGGGGGCUGGCAGAGGCCGCCGCUGCUGCUGCAGCAGCCUCGCUGCCCCCAUUCGCAUGUGGUGCCUGCGCACGGCGCUUCGACCAUGGCCGUGAGCUGGCGGCCCAUUGGGCCGCACACACCGACGUGAAGCCCUUUAAGUGCCCGCGCUGCGAGCGCGACUUCAAUGCGCCCGCGCUGCUGGAGCGGCACAAGCUAACCCAUGACCUGCAGGGCCCGGGCGCACCCCCAGCGCAGGCCUGGGCCACGGGGGCUGGUGCGGGGCCUGAGACCCCCGCAGAGGGUGGUGCUGCGGAAGCAGGUGACGCCAGGCCGGCUUGGGACGGCGGGCUGCUCCUGGGCCGAGUGGGGGGCGGUGUGCCCGAGCUCGGGGCGCUGCUCCCCGAGGGCGGCGGGGAGGCCCCUGCUCCUGCGGCCGCAGCGGAGCCGUCGGAAGACACCCUGUACCAGUGCGAUUGCGGGACCUUCUUCGCAUCGGCCGCGGCGCUGGCCAGCCACCUGGAGGCGCACUCGGGGCCGGCCACCUACGGCUGCGGCCACUGUGGAGCGCUGUACGCAGCCCUGGCAGCUCUGGAGGAGCACAGGCGAGCCAGCCACGGGGAAGGCGGCGAGGCGGAGGCGUCCACGGCGGCCCCCGAGGGGGAGCCCACCUCCGGGGAGCCGGCGUCCAGCACCAGCCGCGGCAAGAAGAUCUUUGGCUGCUCCGAGUGCGAGAAGCUGUUCCGCUCCCCGCGGGACCUGGAGAGGCACGUGCUGGUGCACACGGGCGAGAAGCCGUUCCCGUGCCUCGAGUGCGGCAAGUUCUUCCGCCACGAGUGCUACCUCAAGCGCCACCGGCUGCUGCACGGCACCGAGCGGCCCUUCCCCUGCCACAUCUGCGGCAAGGGCUUCAUCACCCUCAGCAACCUCUCCAGGCACCUGAAGCUGCACCGGGGCAUGGACUGACCUGUGCCCCUGCCUGGGGCUGGACUCGUGGCCCCCAGGGGACUGCCAGAAUCCAGACAUGGGUCCUGAAUGCAGAAACCCUGCCUGGAAAGGUGGGGCCACCAGAAAUCCACAUAGGCCCCUCAGCUGGGGGUCCCGGAUCUAUGAAGACUCUGGAGCUUGAGGCCUCCCUGGAACCUGUGCUGGGCGCCCCCUAAUCAACGGGCCCCUAGGCCGGGGGACCAAGGGAUGAGAAAUGGGUCUCCACAGGUACUUCUCACCUUAAGGGCCCUCAUGAAAGAUGGGCGCCCCUCCCCCAAGGGGAGUCUGCCUCUCCCUGAGAGCCAUCAUUCCCAAGGACCUGGAUCUGGAGAAUGCGGGGCAGCCAUGUCCCUAAGUUUCCCCGGGGCCCCUCUGAAUGCUACCCACCAGAGCCACUGAUGCCCUUAGGGAAUGGAUAGCGCCGGAAUCUGCCUUUCCCCGGUCUUAUUCCCUCUGCUGAGAGAGGACCAGGGCAGAUGCCCCCUGCCCUCAACUUGCUCCUCAAGUAGGCCGCCCCCCCUACUGCAGAAUGGAUUGACCCUAAGGAUCUUCCCCAUCCCCAAGCACUAGAAUAGGCUGGUUGGAACCCCCCCCUUCCCAGUAGGAUGGACUGAUCCAGAGACAUACCCUCCUGUCCAGUGGCAAGGGGCCCAGGCUGUGGCCUGCACCGCCCCGUCCCCUCAGUGAGUAGGGCAGACACACCACUCCUCCUCUGCGUCAUUCUCCAUCCUGUGGACCCACCUGAGUGGGAGGUGGUGCACACUGGAGUCUCCCUCCUGCUCUGCUGUAGAACGUGUUUGUCUUUCCAUUCCUGUCCGUUUGUCUGUCUCUGUGUUCCUCCCAACACCAUGGGGAAGCGGGGUUUGGCUCAUGGACUUCCCCAUGAGCCUCGACCUCACCCCCUCUUCCCAGCCCCCAGUGUCUCCAGGACCCCCAAUAAACCUCGUCCUGUCAGUCAA